GCUGCCCUACGCAGUUGCCGGGCCGGGCGGUGCGGGUCAGUGCUGCAGGCCGGGGGUUCCGUGGUGGGGGUGGGAGCGGCGCCCCCGGGCCCGCCCUGCCUUUCCGAGGCGCCUGCAGCGGUACGGGACAGGCUUGUAAGAACAUCUUUCUCAAAGCCUGCAAGAUCUGGGCUUUUAAGCAGCGUGCUGCCUAAGGAAUACAAGGAGCUGAUAAUUGUCGCUUCCUUGCAAUUUGCUUUAUGGUAUUAGUACCUCUUUUUCUGUAGUUUUAGGUCAAGAAACACCAUGAGCACAACCCAACGAAAGCGCCGUGGAGGAGCAGUUAAUUCUAGACAAGCUCAGAAACGUAACAGGCUGAUGGCUUCUACUGCAGAAAUGGCCUCGGAAGCAGAGCCAAUAGAGCUUGAAGAAAGUGCUGGUGAAGAAGUAGUAGAUCUCACAUGUGAGUCUUCUGAACCUGUAGUCGUUGAUUUAACUCACAAUGAUUCUGUUGUGAUUGUUGAAGAGAAUCAGCAACAAAGGAGAAAUCUCAGGCUAAGAAGUCAGCGACAGUCAGACAGCUGUGUGCUGAGUAGUGAUGAUGAGGAUGAAACAAGAGAUAAUGAUGUGUAUAUGACAGAUAAAGUGUCUCGAGAAUUGGGACCACUGGAAGAUGAAACUGCAAGUUCCAAGCCGUCUGGUACCGUUAGCUGUCCCAUUUGCAUGGAUGGCUACUCAGAGAUUGUGCAAAGUGGACGACUGAUUGUGUCAACAAAAUGCGGCCACGUCUUCUGCAGUCAGUGCCUCCGUGAUUCCCUUAGGAAUGCCAACUCUUGCCCAACCUGUAGGAAGAAACUCACUCACAGACAAUAUCAUCCCAUUUAUAUAUGAGUACUUCUCUUUCUCAGGACAGACUCAACUGGAUUUUGGGGGAAAAUGUCAUGUUUUCAGUGCUCUGAAGAUGUAAAGAGCAGCAGGUUGUGCACGCAUCCAAAUAAAACUUUUUUUUUUGGAGAAUAACUUGUACGUAUAUAGACAGCUUUUUUAUGGUCCAAGCUGCUCCUUAUUACAUCCCUGGUUAUAAAGUUAAAUUUGAGACUGUUAAGCUAGAUCAGCAGCGUGUGUCAGUGAGGAAGCAGCUAAUCCUUCUCCUUCUACCUUUUUAAUGCUUAAAUAAGAAGGGUCUGACUAUUUUGUUCUUUCUUACCAUCACAUACAGAUAUGGAGUAAUUGCCUUUGAAAAUACAAUUGAACAAUUUGCUGUUUCAGGACACUUUUUGUUUUUAUGCUCUGAGAUGCUCAUGACUCUGUUGCUUUCUGCUAUACCACCUUUGUCCAAGUAGAGUAAGUUUUGUAACAAUGGAUUGUUUUAUCAUAAUUAUCAAAAUUUAAUUGACAGCCAGGGUCAUGCAAUAAAAUAACCUGCUGUUAACCAGUAAUCAGGUAUUUUAAGCAGCAGGCUUGAACAUGUAGAUGUCUUUAUUAAUUCCAUGAGAUCUGAAGGACAUAGACAAAUUGCAGCAUGUACAAUGUGAAAAUAUUACUUCAGAUAUUUUAACUGCCACCAAUUUCUGUAUUUGAAUCACAACACAAUUUAUUUUCUAACUGGAUGAGGUGGUCUCUUGAGUUUACUCUUCUAUAGGCUCUCUCCUGAUAACUAAGGAGGAUGUGUCUCCUCUAGGCUUGUUAGUGAUGAAUAAGAAGCAAAUUAUAUACUUUUCUCUUGUCAGCUGAAUACCAAACUACCAACAGUUCUUGUUACGGUAUCAAGUGUACCCAGCAUAAUGCUUAAAGUUCAGUGUGUUCACUACCUUGUUCUCUUCAGUUGUACUGACACCUGACUGGUUUUAGCCUGGUGCCUAGGUUUACAAGCUAACUGGCUGUAUUGCCAUGAGUUUAAAAAUUGAAGGCUUUAAAUGUUGCUUGGUAGCAGUCUUUACUUGGCAGCUUUUCUAGAGAAAAGUUUAAUUUCCCUUGUCCCUGAGGGUUGUCCGGGUUUCUUUAAAUGUGGAUUUUUAACAAAGAGAAGUCAGAUACAUGUCCUAGGAGAGAGUAUUUCUCUGUUGAAGCAAGGCAGGAGUACACAGGUUUAUGCAUUGUUAUCCAAACACUCUUGGGUUUUUUUCCAGGACUGAAUUAUAAAUGUCUACUUCAACAGUGAAAAUCUGCAAGCAGAUACAGAAUCCCAGCUGAAGAUUGUAGUGAUUAAAUGUAGGUAAGAUUCUUAAAAUCAGUAUUUAAUGAGCCACAUAUGCAGUAGCUGCAUCCAUGAGGGUUCAGAAUUGGUCCCUUAAAAAAAAGUUUAAAAUGAAACCAGAUUCCUUUUGGCAGGUGGUUGAUUACAAAAACCAUGAGAAGCAUCACUGUGUACACCAGUGCAGUGCACUCAUUGUAUGUGUGUGGUUAGCCCUGCAGUCUGAUGUCUUUGCUAACCUGUCCUAGGGAUCUGCAGGAAGCUCUUUUUUAAUCAGCUCUUCUAAUUAGCUCUCAAGCUCUGUAUUGAAGAUUGCAACCCCAAAGUAAACAGUUUUCUGUUAGGAUGUUUAGGGGUGUUUCUGGAUGUAGUAAUAGUCAGAUCUUUGUUCCAUGAAAGCUGUCUUAGGUAAUGCAGUAUCUUCCCCAUGCUGGUUUGGAUUAUCUUUGGUUCAGUUCCCAGGAGUAGGCAGUGUGGCAAUGUGGUAACUACUAAAAAGUUACACACUUGUUGCUUUAUAUUCCCAAUAGUAAUGCAAACUACAAGCGAGGACCACAGCAGUCUCAGGGUAGCGUGGUGACAGCAACAGCUGGAAUUGGGGUCCCAAAAAAGACUAUGAAACAGUACUAAGGAUUGCUUAAAACAUUAAUUUUAUGAAGAAAAGCAGACCAACAUUAAAACUGUCAAGAUACUUAAGGACCACAGAAAUAGCUUUCUCACAGUAGCUUAAAAAAGGAAAGAAAAAAAUGUGACCAAUUUCUCUUGGGUGGCUACUGCACGAGAGGGACAAGAAGAGGAUGAAAAUUAUUACCUCUGGGGAUGAGGGUGAGUCACAUUUCUGUGUGUCUUUCACAGUGUACUAGCCAUAGCCUAAAAAUGACUUUGCACAACUUCCUCCAUGUAAAUAUCACUUUAUAGUUUGUGUCUCAAUAAAUAGAUCUAAUGGAAAUUUAGAUACAACAAACUAUGAAAUAUUUAACAGAAGUUUUUAGCUUUUCUGUUAUCUGUGAAGUGCCACAAAUUUUGUGCAUCUCAAAAUUAAUUUUAAGCUCUCAGUACACAGAAAAAAAACCUGCGUUACUUUUUUUAGAAGGAAAAAAAAGAGGUGAUAGGUAAUAUAAAGAUUUUUUCAUUAUGUAAAUGUAUGUCUUGUUGUAUAUAGUUCAAAUUUUCCUGUAUUUAAUUGUAUUCAUGUCUGUCUGUCCCAUCUAUGUUGGACUCUGCUGGUAGGCAAACAGUUCUUUUAAGAGGUGGAAAUAAAAAACUACCAAUUUGAUCUAUUG